AUGGAAAAAAGGGUUGCAAUUAUUGGAGCAGGAAUCAGUGGAUUACUUGCUUGCAAAUAUGUUGUACAGAUUGGUUAUAAUCCAGUUGUGUUUGAAGCUAAUGAUGGCAUUGGAGGAGUAUGGUGGCGUACUAUUCAAUCUACCAAACUUCAAAACCCUAAAGAAGCUUACCAGUUUUCAGAUUUUCCUUGGGAUUCUUCUGUGAAACAAGAAUGUCCUAGUAGUCAGCAAGUGCUGGAUUAUCUUGACUCCUAUGCUCAACAUUUUUCCAUUGUUCCUUAUAUUAGAUUCAAUUCUAAAGUCAUUGAUAUUGAUUAUGUUGGUGAGUCUGAUGAAGAAAUGAAGUCAUGGGAAUUAUGGAAUGGUGAUGGAACUCCUUUUGGAUCCAAGGGAACAUGGCAUAUUACUGUGCAAGAUGCUAAGAGUUUAUCAACAGAGGUGCACAAGGCUGAGUUUCUUAUUCUUUGCAUUGGUAAAUAUAGUGGUUUACCAAACAUUCCUGAGUUUCCUCCUGGAAAAGGACCAGAAAUUUUUAAUGGUAAAGUUAUGCAUUCAAUGGAUUACUCUUCCUUGGACAACAAUAUUGCUUCUGAAUUGAUCAAAAACAAGAGUGUUACAGUAGUAGGCUCCGGAAAAUCAGCUCUUGAUAUAGCUGCUGAAUGCGCAGAUGCAAAUGGAGUCACCCAUCCUUGCACGAUUAUCCAUCGAAGCGCGCAUUGGUUUCUCCUAGAUUUCUAUGUCUGGAGCAUUAAUAUUGGAUAUUUCUAUUUCAACCGAUUUGCGGAACUUCUAGUUUACAAGCCUGGAGAAAACUCCCUUCUUUUACUUCUUGCCAUUUUACUUUCACCAUUGAGAUGGGGAAUUUCAAAACUUGUUGAAACAUAUUUGAAAUGGAAAUUGCCACUGAAGGAAUAUGGACUAGUACCUAAUCGUAGUUUUCUUCAAGAAAUCUCUGCAAGUCAAAUUGCGAUGCUUCCUGAGUUCUUUUUUGAUAAAGUGAAAGAAGGAUCCAUUGUGAUAAAGAAAUCACAAAACUUUAGCUUUUGCAAAGAAGGUUUGAUUGUUAAUGAUGAACUUAAGCCUAUAGAAACAGAUUUAGUUAUUCUUGCCACGGGAUAUAAAGGUGACCAAAAACUUAAAAGCAUAUUCAAAUCUCCAAUUUUUCAAAAUUACAUUAGUAAGUCAGAAAAAUCAUCAGUUCUCCUUUACAGACAAAUAAUUCAUCCUCGAAUUCCGCAACUGGCAAUUAUAGGAUACUCCGAGAGCAUAUCAAACAUUCUUUCUAAUGAACUGAGAAGUCAAUGGCUAACACAUUUUUUAGAUGGGAAUAUUGAAUUGCCAAGUAUUAAAGAGAUGGAAAAGGAUGUCAAAGUAUGGGAAGAAAACAUGAAGCAAUAUGCUGGAAAAUAUUAUUGGAGAUCAUGCAUUGUUAGUUGUGGGAUAUGGUAUAACGAUCAGUUGUGCAAAGACAUGAAAUGUAACCCCAAAAGGAAGAAGAAUCAUUUUGCAGAGCUAUUUGAACCAUAUGGACCUGAAGAUUAUAACAGUCUUGUUAGUAAAUGA